GUCUGUCCGCUCAGUCUGUCUUUUAUUCCUCUGCAGGUCCGCAAAGAGUACAGCAAAUGUUUCCGUCAGUCCCAAUGCUGCGGCGCGCUGCCGUCUGAGGGCUCCCACAGCUCAGCCAAGACGGCUACGUCUCGAUCCACGGCCCGCUACUCAUCUGCCACACAGAGCCGCAUCAGGCGGAUGUGGAACGACACUGUGAGGAAGCAGUCGGAGUCCUCCUUCAUCUCAGGAGACAUAAACAGCACCUCCACACUCAACCAGGGACAGCACUCUCUGAGCAACAGCAGGGACAUCAGUGCCAUGGACACCCUCCCCCUCAAUGGUAAUUUCAACAACAGCUACUCCCUGCGAGACGACGACUACGAGGCCGUGGGCGUUCGAGCCCCGGGUGACCUGGGGGGCCUCAACCUGGACGAUGCCGCCUUUGAGAAGAUGAUCAUAUCUGAGAUUGUCCACAACAACCUAAGGCCCCGCGGGGCUCCCAAAGGUCGCGACGCCCCGAGGGAGCGGGACAGAGCUUUGCCUCCCCAGACUAGGGUGACAGUGGACCGAGGUGGGGGUGGGAGCGGCAGCGAGGAUGACGCCAUCGUGGCGGAUCACGCCGAGGCCUCAUCCCCCCAGAGAGGAAGUGGAAGAGGAGGCCACGCCACCCUGGAGCUGCUCCUGCACCCCCACCACAAGGAGGCGCUGGAGGCCCCCCUCCUGCCCCAGAGGACUCACUCCCUGCUCUACAGCGCCCAGAAGGCCCCCAGGCGCCUCGAGGGGCAGAAUGGCCAUGGCUCCGAGACUGUUACCGCAGUGGAGGACAUGGGCUCCCAGUCACCCAACAAUAACAGAGACUCCCUUUAUACCAGCAUGCCAAACUUGAGAGACUCUCCCUCGCCUUCAGCUUCGCCGUACCCCCCGGAGGAGGAGGACGAGCUCUCUCCCUCGCCCCAAAGCGAGAGCGAGGACGCGUAUCAUAAAAGCAUGCCCGAGCUCGGCGACGCGCCGCAGCCGCUGUCCUACUACCACAUAAACCGAGGCACCAGCGACGGGUGCAUCAUCCCGCCCAACAACGAAGACUGUGCGCAGGAAGGAGAGGCGCCCAGCGACGGACAAAUGCAACUCAUUACCAGCCUCUGAGUGGGCCGCCUUUGUUUGCACAGGUUUGAACAGAUGGGCGCUUUCGGUUGAUGUCAAGAGAGCCGACGAGGCCGGCUCCGCACUCCACAUGCCCUUCCUGUUAGGACAGGAGGUGAAAAGUUGUUGGGUGGGAAAAGGAAUGAAUAAAUGACUUUUGCACACAGAUCUCAUUAACACACAAAACACAUCCAUCUGAGGCCAGACAAGUGUGGACUGUGAACGCUCUGCUGUUGGACUAAAGAGGUGCAGAGAAUAACACACAGGCCGCCGUGUCAGAGAUAAGUCUGGCGUUUCUGUUGUACUGAAAGAGGAACGGAAGAAUAAGGGAUAAAAAAAAAUAAAUAAUAAAAAAAAAAUACUCCAAGCAAAGAACUAUGAAGCUCCUGACAUACUCCUGGGGGACUUUGCAGAACCAGGGUCUUUUUAGUCGAGAAGUACAGAACAUGAACUAGUGUGGCUCCACUGCACAGUCAGGACUGUAAAGUUAAGAAACCACUAAUUCAGACUCAGGCCUUAUAUUUUCUCUAUUGCACAUUUACCUGUUGUCAAAGUAACAGCUGAAGAAAAUAUAUUUUGCUGUACCACUAGUGUAAAAAGUCAAACAAAACAAAAAAAACUGAAAAAAAAAAAGAAGAAAGAAACAGCAACCAUUCAGUAGUUAUGCCCUUUCAAUGUUAAUAAGAUUCUUCAGACAAGGUUAAUCAAAAUGGUGGAAAUGUGCUUUUUCCUCUCACACUUGACUUGUUGUAGUAUGUUUGAAUAUGAAAAAAAAAGGAAAAAAAAAAAAAGUUUUGAGAGAUAUCAAUCCAUAUGAAAUCAUGCUCACGUCUCUGCUUGUGAAGUGCUUUUUUGCUUUUCAUGAAUGAUGAGUUUUUUCGGCGGUAGUAUAUUUGUUAACACCGGGCCAUGCACAGAUUUGGAGUGAAUCGGAUCCUCGUUGUAAUUUAUUUUACUUGAAAGAAAAUUGUCGGGGGUUCGAGGACUUACGUUCAAUGCGGUAUUGCGGUUUUUUGCGGACAUUUUUCAUCCUUUUGACACUAAUUAAUUUAUUAACUAUUCAGAAAAAAAAGAAGAAGAAGAAGGAGAGAAGGAAUAAAAAAAAAAAAGAUCAUGGUUGGAAAGUGUGAAAAGUUGUUGCAGCACUGAUUAGGUUCAUUUUAUUUCUUUUGUAAGAGCCCAUCAUCAGCUGAUAUUUAAUUCAACUCCUGUUUGAUAUCAAAUAAAUGUGAAAUUUUUUCUUGUUCGCAGA